AUGACUGAUACAGGCUUGAUUCAGGCUAAUUCAAAGGUUACAGCUGAGCCAGUUGUAAACAAUGACAAAAUACACCCCAGAUCACCUUCACUAGACCCAACACCUCUAAAGAAACAGAAGCGAGUUAAGACAAAACGAUACAGGGAACCUCCAGUUGAUCCAAUUUCCGCUGAAGGGGUUCUCAUAAACGAUAUUCGGGCACUUUUAAAAUCCCAGGGCAUUUCUGAGGACGAAAUCACAAAUGAUAUGAAAGCAUUCUUCUCCCGUGAUAAGAGCGUGCCUUAUCCUGACUAUCAAGUUGUAGAGCUUAAGAUCUCUGCUCUGUCGUCCGUUGGAAAUGGAAUAGGUAUUUGGGAAUCACCCGACCCUGAAGCACCUAGUUCCAUACGUAAACGAGUAGUUGUGGUUCCAUAUGCUUUGGUUGGCGAGACUGUCAAGACCAAAAUCUAUCGUACCAACAAAUACUACUAUGAAUCUGAAUUGAAUGAAGUAGUUGAUAAAUCUCCUCUUCGGGAUGAUGCAUUGGUCAGAUGCAAAUAUUUCACUACUUGCUCAGGUUGUCAAUACCAAAUGCUUCCUUAUGACGAACAACUUAAAAUUAAGCGAGAGGUAAUUGUAAAUGCAUAUGCUCACUAUGCCCCACUGUUGACUUCUGACGAUGUACCGAGCAUUUUAGAUACCGUGGGAUCACCCGAGCAAUACAAUUAUCGAACCAAACUCACCCCACAUUUUGAUGUUCCAAGAAAGGGACGCUUGGAAAGGAUUCCACCAAUUGGGUUUGGCGUUAAGGGUCGUAAGGAAGUUCUCGAUAUUGAAGAAUGUGUUAUUGGAACUCCCGUUAUCAAUAAAGGAAUGGUAGAACAGCGAAAGGUCGUGCAUGAGAAUUUUGCUUCUUACAAGCGAGGAGCUACUAUCUUGUUACGAGAAAAUAUCAAGGAAAUAGAAGAUUCACCGUCGACGGUUGUCUGUACUACAGACUCUAAGGAAAUCGUUACUGAGUACGUCGGUGAUUUUAAAUUCAAGUAUCCUGCAGGUUCAUUCUUUCAAAACAACAAUUCGAUUUUACCUAGUGUAACGUCUUAUGUUCGUGAUAACAUUGUUUUACCAUCCUCGGGUAAACCACCUAAAUAUCUUGUUGAUACUUACUGCGGCAGUGGAUUGUUUGGUAUUACAUGUAGUACUGCUGUAGAACAGCUAAUUGGUGUCGAAAUUUCGAAGGAUAGCGUUGAAUAUGCGCAGAAAAAUGCUGAGCUUAACAAUUUGAAAAAUGCUUCAUUCAUAGUUGGAGAAGCUGAAAAGAUUUUCGACAAAGUUAGCGAUGCUCCUCUUGAGACUAGUAUUAUUAUCGACCCUCCAAGAAAAGGCUGUGAUAAACAAUUUCUUGAUCAACUGCUUGAAUUUAGACCAGCAAAGGUUGUAUACGUUUCUUGUAAUGUCCACAGUCAGGCCCGCGAUAUCGAGUAUCUCCUGAAGUCUGAAGUUGCCCGCGACAGAUCGUCAAAUUCUGGCAACAAGUAUAUAAUUGACAGUAUUCGAGGUUUCGAUUUCUUCCCACAAACACAUCACGUCGAAAGUGUGGCCGUCUUGUCUCUUAAAAACAACUAA